GGGCGUUUCGUGAGUCGCCGGGCUAAUGCACACAACGCGAGAACGUGCAGCCCGCUUGCAGCCCGAUGCGAGCGCUAGCGCCGACGCUAUCGAUCCCCUGCAUCUCGCGUGCGUCGUGCGCUUCUCCUUCCCCCUCUGCGCGCGAAAUCCAUCCCCAAAUCGCCACCACUCCCGAACCCUAGAACAGCCGCCGGCGCCGCAUCGAGAUGGGUCAGCAGUCCAAAAGGACUCGUGCGCCGGUGCCUCGGCUCGUCCUGGCUGUGCUCCCGCACCUCGUCCAGCCGCCGCCGCCGCACCUCGUCCAGCCGCCGCCCCACCUCCUCGUCCAGCCGCCGCCCCACCUCGUCCAGGCGCCGAUGCCACCACACGAGCCCGAAUCCGGCGGCUCGAUUCCUCCACGACCACCAAAGGCAGCGACAUCCUCUGUAUCAUCCUGGAGCCCCCAGAUGCAAGCCCCCUUGUGGUACACGAAUCUGGAUGAUUUGAAUGCAGAAACAUGGGGAGUGGAUUCUCAUCCACCUGGUGGGUUCCUUGGUUUCUUUAAGGAUGCCAGCAACGUGAAUUCAUCGCAACAAAUCAAGGAAAAAGAUGACAGCAAUGGUGUCGAGUGUGCAAGGACUGAAAAGCGCUUGCUGUGGACAAAAGAUGAAGAUCUUAGAUUGGUUGGUGCUUGGUUGAAUAAUUCAAACGGUCCAAUCCAAUCAAAUUACAAGAAGAACGACCAAUAUUGGAAAGAAGUUGCUGCUGUCUACAAUAGUACCACCCCCAAAAACAGGGAAAGGCUAGUCAAGCAAGUGAAGGAUCGCUUUGCGAGAAUUAAGAAAAGGGUUGCAUGGUUUUGUGGGAGUUAUAAGGAAGCUAAUGCAUUGUAUGCUAGUGGUGAAUCUGACACAGACUUGAAGAAGAGGGCAAUGCAAACUUAUGAGGCAGAUCACAAAGAAGACGGCCCAUUUAUGUUUGAACGUUGUUGGGAAGUUCUAAAAGAUUAACCAAAGUGGGAUGCAUAUUUGGAACGCCUAGAAGAUGUGGAGCCUGACAAGAGGAAGUUUAGUGUUGAUGACGAAGUGGGGCAACAUUUUACACUAGAUGAUGAUAAAGAGCAACGCCCACCGGGUGGCAAGACAGCUAAGGAUCAGCGGAAACGAAAAACAAAGGAUGA